AUCUUCAGUUCCAUUUCCCACUUGUCCACUCCACCUAACUCAACAAUUGCAUAAACUGAUAAACCCCAUUUCAACAACCCAAAAUCUUGAACCAAAAUUCCCUAAUAAGUCAAUUUUGCUAGAAUGCGCAACUGUUCCAACUCAAGAACAAGAACAGGAACCUGAGUUCAAGAAUGGAUCAAGAAGAGGGAUUCCCGCCCCAAGCCCAGAUAGAAAGAGGCGCAAAAAAUGGAAUCUUUGGCCUAAUUCUGAGCCCUUUCAGCUGGUUGAAGAGGCUGAGCGAUGAGCUGCACUGGAGCUUCGUUUUGGGCGUUGUUAUCGUGUACGGAAUCAAUCAAGGGGUUGGGUUAGGGUUGAGCAAAGUGGGCACGCAGUACUACAUGAAAGAUGAGCAGAAAUUGCAGCCCUCCGAAGCUCAGGUCUACCACGCCAUGAUUAUGAUGCCUUGGAUUGUCAAGCCUCUCUGGGGCCUUCUCACGGAUAUUGUUCCCAUCUGGGGGCGGCGCCGGCGGCCCUAUUUCGUGUUUGCUGGCACAGUUGGCGUCAUAUCCAUGAUUAUUCUAUCACUCAAAAAGGACAUGUACCUUGGAUUGGCUUUGCUACUUCUAAUAUGUGGGAGUGCUGGUGCUGCAGUGGGUGAUGUUACUAUCGAUGCCUGUGUUACCGAGAACAGCAUUGCUCAUCCUUCUCUUGCCGGAGAGAUGCAGAGCUUGUGCGGAUUGUGCUCUUCGGUGGGGCAGUUAAUUGGAUUCAUAAGUAGUGGCUUUCUAGUCCAUCGAAUUGGAUCCAAGGGUGCGUUAGGGGUCCUUAGCAUUCCAGCUGCACUCGUGAUUGUUGUGGGAAUCAUAAUACAGGAGCCCGUGAUCAGAAAUGUUUCUUAUAAGCGAGUUAGUCAGAAGUUUCUGGAUGCUGGUCGGGCCAUGUGGAUGGCUCUCAGAUCCCCUGUUGUUUGGAAGCCAUGUUUAUACAUGUACCUUUCACUAGCCGUCAGCCUGCACAUACAUGAAGGAAUGUUUUAUUGGUAUACCGAUGCUCCAAGUGGUCCUUCUUUUUCACAGGAGGCGGUUGGAUCAAUAUCAGCUGUUGGUGCAAUUGGCUCUCUUUUAGGUGUUCUGCUCUAUCAAAAUGCUUUUAGGAAUCAACCUUUCCGCCGAGUGCUUCUGCUGGCACAGUUGCUAUAUGGUGCUUCAGGAAUGCUAGACUUGAUAUUGGUUUUGCGUAUAAAUUUGAUACUUGGGGUUCCGGAUUAUGUAGUCGUUGUAUUUGAUGCAGCCGUGAGUCACAUGAUUGGGCGUCUUAAAUGGAUGCCUCUUCUUGUGCUCAGUUCGAAGCUCUGUCCCGCUGGUAUAGAAGGCACAUUCUUUGCCUUGCUCAUGUCAAUCGACCAUGUAGGUACCUUCUCGGCAGCUUGGGGUGGAGGCCUCUUGCUUCACGCUCUAAACGUUACAAGGACAACGUUUGAUAAUCUCUGGUUGGCCAUACUGAUAAGGAGCCUUUUUCGACUGCUCCCUAUUGGGAUUCUUUUCUUGAUACCCAGUACAGAUCCUAACGUGGCUAUUCUUCCAACCGACAUGUUGAGAUCAAAGAGAGAUGAGGGCUUAUCUGAACCUAACAACACUGAAAUGGAAUCUCUCAUCAGCAGGACUGAUCAUAGCUCACCACACUCAUGUAAGUAUUGGAGCCGGCUCUUUAAAAAAAAAGAAUGUAAGUAUUGAAGCUAAGCUUUCUGUUAGAUUUUCUCUUGUUUUUCUUUCUGUUAGAUUUUCCCUUGUUUUUUACUUGUGCAGAAGAAAUAGAUUGAUCCAUGGCCACUUGAGCACGCUUUUCUCUAGUCGAAUACGGAAGAGGAUAGAUACACAAGCUGGAGAGUGGUGGCUGUAACUAUCAUCUGCUUAAAUUUCAUAUCUCAUAGCAGUUCCUUUAGCCUUCACCUUCUGUGAAUUUUGCCAGAUAACUUUGAUUUUCAUUUAGAUAUUAAGCGAGACGUCAGAAGCUCUAACAUCGAGACAUGCUUUAUAGGCAUAAAGAAUUCGAGAAUUCAGAGAUUCCCCUUGAAAAAUUUAUUAACAUCAUUUGUGGUGAACAUGCAGAAACAAUUCCCUUUGUCAUUUCAUUUGUCUGUAACUGAUGUACUUCUAUGAUUAAUAUAUUACUACCUUUGUCCA